AUGACCAUGAGUUCCUACUUGAUAAACUCCAACUAUAUCGAGCCUUCCUUUCCUCCAUGCGACGAAUAUCAGCAGAGCGGAUACAUCCCUAACCCCGGUGAUUAUUACGAGCGGCCAAAAGAUACGGGUUUCCCCCAUCACGAAGAGCCAUCCUAUCCGAGGUCAAACUACACAGAAUCGGGAUACGAUUACGGUAACGUCCCCGCCACCGGACUCGACGAUUUCAACGAUGGGCAUCACGCACAACCGCAACCGGUUCCACAGAGCCACGGUCCUCGCCUCACGGCGGCCCCAGACGGUGGCGCAAACGCCAGCAAAGACUGCAGCCUCGCCACUGAAGUCUAUCCCGGCGUAGCGAAGGGCAAGGAGCCGGUGGUCUAUCCUUGGAUGAAAAAGGUCCACGUUAGCAGCGUCAAUGCCAGUUACAAUGGAGGAGUGCCCAAGAGGUCCCGCACUGCCUACACCCGCCAGCAGGCUUUGGAGCUGGAGAAGGAGUUCCACUUCAACCGGUACCUGACCCGGCGCAGGCGGGUGGAGAUUGCUCACACCAUGUGCCUGUCCGAGCGCCAGGUCAAGAUCUGGUUCCAGAACCGGAGGAUGAAAUGGAAAAAGGAGCACAAGCUUCCCAACACUAAGAUUCGAUCCUCAAGCUCGGCCUCAGCUUCAGCCUCGGGGGCCCAGCAGCAGCAGCAGAUCAAAACAGGCCAGCAGCUUGUCCCCACGCCGUGCACCGCAGGUCUAUAG